CGCCGAUGCACCAUUAUGACAGUUUGGCUUCCACCUGCAUUGCCCGAGUCUUGGUCUUGCUCGAAGCACUUCACUUCCGCCCCUUUUCCAACUUUUUACUCUUUCAAUCCUCACACUCUCUUCCUCUUUGACACAAUUCGCACUCCUUCAAACGCCAAUUGACAUCAAGGAGGUUAUAUACCAGCUUACCACUUCGAAACGGGGAACCUUCAGACGAACCAUGUUGGACACUUUCGAGAUCCUGACGACGUCAGGGGUGGUGUUGUGGUCAAGGACAUACGCCGCCGUCAGUCCUGCUGUGGUCAACAACUUCAUUUCCGACGUCUUCAUCGAGGAGAAGAGCGCCGUUGCUGGUACCAAGGAUGGCGCUUCUGCGUCGGCCAAUCCGCCUUACAAAUAUGACCAACAUACACUGCGCUGGUCGUUCGAGAAGGAACUGGGUAUUAUCUUUGUUGCGGUUUACAGAUCACUCCUACACCUCUCAUGGAUCGACAAGCUCGUUGACAACAUCCGGACCAUCUUCGUGAACCUCUAUGGCGACCAGCUCAAGAAGCCGAACGUUACGCUUAUUCAAUGCGCCAGAUUCGAUAACUACUUCGACCAACAACUGCAAGAGCUCGAGAAGACGGGCAGUAAAUCAGAUUCGAAAGACGUUCGCGCAUUCCAAAAUGAACCUUUGUCAGACGACUUGAGCGAUAUGCCCCCGCCGCUACCUGGCCUUGUCCGUGGCGGCCGUGUUCCGAGCAACAGCAAUACAAGCAAGCAGGGCGAUUCGGACUUCGAUACAUCGCCGAACGCAUCGCGGCCCACCACUCCCGCUGUAGCAAGUCACCUUCUGGUGGCAAAGCCAGGUCCGGGAGGCAAGAUGUCGAGAAGAGCGAGAAAGCUACAGAAUACCAACUCUGCGCCCGCUUCUUCGGGGGAUGAAGCGUCUGCCAAACGGGCCAAGGCCAAGGCCGCCAAGAAGGGAAGAAAAUGGGAUGCGGACGGCCUUGCUGACGAGGAGGAUGAUGUUCAACUCGACUUCUCCACCUCCAAAGCUACAAGUGAUAGUGAAGGUGAAGCAGGAAGGCGGCCGGCCGUUGAAGAAGUAGAUGCCUCAACAUGGGGUUCGACCACAAAGGGAAAGUUUGUGCUCAGGGACCUGGGCGACGAGGUUCACUCGAUUCUCGCGUCUGCGGAGGCCAAAAAUUCCGCAUCCAAGACCGAUGCCCCAACUGGUCUGGUGGGAACAGGUCUGAGUGCUAUUGGAGGUCUUUUCAGGAACGUAGUGGGUGGCAAGGUCUUGACUAAGGAGGAUUUGGAUAAGGCCAUGAAGGGCAUGGAAGAGCAUUUGUUGAAGAAGAACGUCGCGCGCGAGGCUGCUGUGCGCCUCUGUGAAGGAGUUGAGAAGGAGCUUAUUGGUGUCAAGACAGGAAGCUUCGAGAGCAUCAAUACCAGGAUACAAAAAGCCAUGGAGGUCUCGUUGACCAAAAUGCUUACGCCCACAUCCUCGCUGGACCUUCUUCGCGAGAUCGACUCGAUCACAUCACCACCAGCCACGUCUCUGCGCAAGGCGAGACCCUAUGUCAUGUCCAUUGUUGGUGUCAACGGUGUCGGCAAAUCGACCAACCUGUCAAAGAUCUGCUUCUUCCUCUUGCAGAACAAGUACAAGGUGCUGAUUGCGGCUGGUGACACCUUCCGCUCAGGCGCCGUUGAGCAGCUGGCGGUGCAUGUGCGCAACCUCAAGGAACUCACACAAAGAGAAGGCGGCAAGGUUGAAUUGUACCAAAAGGGAUACGGCAAGGAUGCCGCUGCGGUGGCCAAGGAUGCCGUCGCAUUUGCUGCCCAGGAGGGCUUCGACGUGGUGUUGAUUGACACAGCCGGUCGUAGGCACAACGACCAGCGGCUAAUGUCUUCGCUUGAGAAGUUUGCCAAGUUUGCGCAACCUGACAAGAUCCUGAUGGUUGGCGAGGCACUCGUCGGUACCGAUUCCGUGGCUCAGGCCAAGAACUUCAACGCCUCGUUCGGAGCUGGCCGAACUUUGGACGGGUUUAUCAUCUCCAAGUGCGAUACAGUAGGAGAUAUGGUGGGCACAAUUGUCAGCAUUGUUCACGCCACGAACGUUCCUGUUUUGUUCGUGGGAGUUGGACAGCAUUAUUCGGACCUCAGGAACUUUUCUGUCAAGUGGGCAGUCGAGAAGCUGUUGAGCAGCGCAUAAACUGCGUAGCCGGCCGUUCGGGGGGACUAUAUCAAUUUGUAUAGCAGAUCAUUCUUUGUACAUGGCUCUUGGAAUAUCCACCAUGGAUAACCGCAUAUCCAGUCGGCAGUAUUAAUCGAUAUAAUUCAUCACAA